UCUGUAAGCAACUAAUGUACUCUAAAAUGUUUAACAAUAAUUUUUUUAAUCAAAUAGAAUUAGAAAAAAAUUAACAUAGAAAAUGAAACGAAAAUUUCAGCUCAGACAGGAAAAAUUACAAUCUAUUCGUGGAAAAAGUAAGCCUGAGGCAUCAAUUGGGAGGAAGUUCACAGAUGCAAAGAAUUUACAAUUUUACUAGAAAAGGCAGUACAAUUUUGUAUCGACCACAGCGUGCGAGGCUAUAAGGCCUUGAAGACUGGUUUGUUUCCACUAGUAAAUGAUAGAGAAACGAUUAAUAGAAGACUAGAUCGAAUAAUAAAAAAUGGCGAGGAACGUCGAUAUUGUUGUAUUUUUACACUUGAAGAGGAGGAGGCUGUAGUGAAGUAUGUCAAGAACAGGAAUAGAAGUCUGCAAGGUAUCAACAAGACAGAGUUGACCAAACUCCUUCUUGAUAUUUUAAGGAUAAGGGACUACAUGAAUAAAAGAUGCAAAGGAGAUCGGAAGUUGAUUAAGUUGUCUUCUAAUGCAAAAUCAGCUCUGGUUAAUGGGAAACUUAGUCGUUCAUUUUGGACACGACUCCAUGCAAAGCUUUCAAGCCUAACAAUUAAACGCCAGGGUCAGGUAUCAAUAAACGAAGCACUUAACUGUACCCGAGAAAUGGCUUGUAAUCAUUUGAAUGAUCUUGCAAUUGAACUUCAGGCAUCCGGUAUUAUGAAAAAUGCUGAAAAAGUAGACGAGGGUGUAUGGAAAGGUGACAUUGACACAACAAGAAUAUUUAAUGAUGAUGAGACACCGCAAUUUGUGAACUAUGGUGUUGAUGGUACUUCAACAUGCUUGGUAUAUGCAUGGAAAGGUGAACAAUGCUUAAAAAUGCAUAAAGAAAACAUGGAAUGUGUUUCAAUUCACCCUUUUGUGUCUUUUUGAGGUGAUGUUUGUAUAUGUCAAGUCAUUUUUUCCUCAGUUGGAAUAACAAGCCAGAUGACAACACAAGUAGCUGUAGAAAAAAUCAGUCACCUCCUUGUUACAACAGGCGGCUUGCCAAGAGUUUGAUGAUUACCUUACUGAGAAGGCAAUAGAACGACCUGUUGUUUUAUUAUCUGAUGGACAUAAUUCACGAUUCAGUUACGACGGUUUAAUAUACCUCCUUUCAAAACAAAUUUGGUUAUUUAUUUCUCCUCCCGACACUACUGGUGUAACUCAAUUGCUUGACCAGGUUAAUGAAAAUCUUCAUCAUGAGUACAGAAUUGCCAAGAAUUAUCUUUUCAACCCAAUGCAAUCAAUUAAUCGAGAGGGAUUUAUGACCAUCUUAGGCAAUAUAUAGGACAAAUGAAGAUCGAAAUCGGUUCUUGUUUCUAGUGCAAAAAGAUUUGGAAUAACACCUUUUGAAUUAAAUGUUAACUUUAUGCAACAAGAUAAAUUUGAGCGAGCUGCUGCAUGCAUUCAUAAAGAAGAACCAGCGUCAACUUCUUUUAAAAAACCUGAAUCAACCAUUUUGUCACCAGUUGGAAAAGGAAAGGUUCGGCAAGUUACUGGAAAGAUAAGUUUGACCAGUCUCAAAUCUUGAUUAGAGAAAUGGCUGAGCAAAGCCUCCAAUUAGAAAAUAUUCCUGAUCUGCUAACUAUUAAGAAAAUUAAACCAAACCUUGAAAAAAUAUCUACUCGUGUUACUCAGGUCUAUGGUUCGGUGCGUGAAAAACAUGUUGCAGCAAAAGUGAAAGAUAUAAAAGAAGAGAAACGAUAAAAGAUAACAGCAAAGGAGGAAGCCAAAAAAAAGAAAGAAGAAGCUAAAGAAAAGUUUAUUAAAUGUAAAGUUGAAUGUUUUUGCAAACAAAGGAAAUGUCAAGCUUUUGACCUAAAGCAAUGUUCUAAUUGUCCUAAUGUUCUCCGUUCAAUUUACAGCAAAGCGAGUUGCAGAGUUGAUGGUGUUAAACCGGUUAUGCUUUUACCAGCAAACCAGCACUU